AUGCACGCCCACAAGAACGACCAGGAGACGUGGUUUCAGGGCGCGGAAGAGAUUAUGGAGAGGAUGAAAGCGGAUAAAAAAGUUAACCGCGACCUGGUCACGUACAACACACUGAUGUCUGCCUACGCGGGAGCGACAGUGGACACAUCGGUGCAGGCACAGGCACUGGUGGAGGAAAUGAAGCGAGAAGGGGUGCAGCCUGACCUGAUCACGUACACCAUGCUCCUGGGGUGUCAUGCGAAAGCGGGCGACGUGGAGAAAGCGGAACGAUUGGUGGACGAAACGCUGGAAGCGGAAAAGUUGCACCCGGAUAAGGGGGUUUACUGGCUGCUUGCCGUGGCGCACAGCGUCCGCGACCGACUGGUGGAGCCGGCGACGCUGUCGGGAAUCCUGAAAAAGAUGCGGCAGAAAGGGCUAACGCCGGACGAGGUUUUCAAACGACAGUGCGAACGGAGAUGGAACAAGGAAGACGUUGCCGCGUUUUUCCGUGAGGGCUAUUACCAGCCGCCGCUCUGCUUGGCAGGUUCGGCUCUCGAGGAUCCGCAGGAGGGCAGCGAGGGCGGAAACGACAGAGGCAAGAUGAGAACUUCUACCAGCAGCACCGGCUUCUACUACUCCGACCAGCACGUCGACGCGGUCCAUGAUCCGGCCGUCGCGAGGUCACGACCAAAAUUACAAAAGCGACAAGCUGAUGAGCCGGGGGCGCCCGACCUCUUUCGAACUGUAUGGGAGGUACAGGAGCUUCGGCAGACUGCAAAUGAAGACAAGUGGGCCGACAUGUGCGACAGCAGCGAGGAAGAUGGUCGCAAGUAUGACGCCGGCACCUGUCCUGGAC